AUGGCCCACUCUCCCGCUGCACUCCUCAGCCCAGACUCCUGGCUCCUUCCGCAAGGCUGGGGUUGGGGGACUGCGCCCCAGCUGCCACCGCUGUCGUCAGACAGAGAUUGCAGCUGCUCUCCCGCUUCCUCCUCAGACUCCUGGGGCCACUCCCCGCCCGGACCCCAAGCCCGCUUCCUCCCGGCUGGUCACACUCCCAAGGCGCCCAGUACCAGGACCGGCGUUGGAAACGCAGCGGGUAAGCGAGCCGGCAGGGGCCGCCUGGGCAGCGGGCAGCGGCAAAGUGCCAGCGAGCGAGAGAAGCUGCGGAUGCGCAACCUGUCCAGGGCACUGCAUGACCUGCGACGCUAUCUGCCACCUUCCGUGGCGCCCGCCGGCCAGAGCCUGACCAAGAUCGAGACCCUACGCUUGGCAAUCCGCUACAUUGGCCACCUGUCGGCCCUUCUGGGACUCAGCGAGGAGAACCUGAGGCGCCAGCGGAGCGAGGUUACACCCCGGGGCUGUCCUCUCUGCCCGGAUGGACUGGGCUGCUGUCCCGACCGGACCCACGGCCUCAGCCCAGCCUCCCCGGUCCCUGAAGCGCGCUCUCCUCAGCUCCCCGAUGGCUGGGAGUCGUCACCUUCCUGCCCCACAGCCGCACCCCAGAUCCAGAGAUGUGGGGGGCAGAUCCUCGAUGCGGAUACUCUGAUCCUGGAAGAGCAGGUGGUUGAUCUAGACACGGCCUCGAUCUUUCCCGGAGAAGUGCUGUCCUUGCUGGAGACCUGGGUGCCCCUCCUCCCACAGGAAUGA